CUGUGAUCUGAUACACUCACAUUGAAACAUAUACUCUUACCCACUAGACAUCGCAUACGCCUCCAUCAUUCCCAGAAUGGCGGAUUCCACCGCCUCGGCCUCUAGUGAGGCCGCAAAGAGCGCGCCCAAGCCGCAAAACCCAGCUCUAAAGAUGAUGGGCCUCCCGAAUUUCCGCUUCAAACUCCCCUCCCGUAACUGGAUGAUCUUUCUCACCAUCACGGGCUCCUUUACCGCAGCCCUAAUCUACGACCGACGGGAAAAACGUCGCGCCCAACAGAAAUGGUGCAAUCUUGUCGCGCAUAUCUCGAAAGAAUCCCUCCCCGUGGAAGAAACCCGACGCAAACUGACCGUCUUCCUGGCCGCGCCGCCGGGCGACGGCAUCCGUUCUGCCCGCGAGCAUUUCAAGGAAUACGUUAAGCCGAUUCUUGUUGCGGCGGCACUGGAUUAUAAUGUUAUUGAGGGCCGAAGGGAAGGCGAUAUCCGUGCGAAGUUUGCGGAGGAGAUCAGGAAGCAGCGACGGAAGAGUGGGGAGGUUAGUGCUGGUAUUAUUGGCGAUGAGGAGAAGAGCACAGAGGAUGUGAUUGCAGAGGCAAGGAAGGCUAUCGGUGUGAGGGAAGAGCCUGGGCCGAGGGGGGAUUUGGUUAUUGGACGGCAUACUUGGAAAGAGUAUGUGAGGGGCUUGCAUGAAGGGUGGCUUGGUCCAAUUGACCCGCCCGUGUCGGCAGAGAGCCAGCCAGCACUUGAGGAGCCGCAAGUUCCUGCGGCUGAGGUACCCGCGAACACAGAAGAACAGGCAACGCCAGCACCAGAACAGGGGCAAGCAGCGGAGAAGAAAGAGGAAGGAGAGGAGGAAAAGAAACCCUCCAAACCCACGGGCCCGGCAUCUGCAUACAUCGCUCCCAGCGAUUAUUCCGGCCGAACACUCCCGCCAUCCAUCCCGCAAACCCUCGAUGGCUCCGCCGCUAUCCCCUUCCCCCAUCUUCUAGGCUUCCUCAAUACCCCUAUCCGAAUCUACCGCUUCUUGAACAGGCGCUACGUCGCCGACUCUGUCGGCCGGGACGUCGCAGCCCUUGUCCUUGCUUCUCACGCCCGCCCGUACGCUGAGGGUCCUGCUUCAUCCAGCUCAGACUCAGACAGCCCAGUUGACCCCAGCUUGUCGUCGUCGAUAACAUACGAGCAACAAUCCCAACUCGAGCACGAAGAGCACGACUGGCACAAAUCCGUCCAUAAAACUGACGACUCGAACCCAGACAAGGAGCGCGAGUGGCUAAACGAUGUCGUUAUGGAUCCCCGCAUUGCGGCCCGAAUGCAGCGGUAUGUUCUCUCCGGGGAAGAGGAGGCUCGUGCCCAGCGCAUCGCGCAGGGAUCUGAGUAUAUCCGCGGCGAGGAGCGGCCGCCAGUCGUUCCCUUUUGGCAGCGGGUGUGGAUUAAAUAUGGCUAUGGGGAGGAUCCGGAGGUCGCCAAGAGGAAGCCUAUCAUCGGAAAUCUUGAUGAAGAGAAUGCCUAAUUUUGUGUUGUUUAUAGACGGUUGGGACUCGAGGGGCCUAAAUUCAGGCGCAUUUCUAUAUAGACAUUGGGAUUGCCUGGUAAUGAGGAUAAGAAAGACUGUACUCUACUCCAUCUCUCCUACGCACUGUACAAUAACUCAUGCAUAAUAUGUUUUUUUU